GAAUGUUUGUCCUCGCGGAACUGAAAGAUACGGUCCGAAUUCCACCGUGGGAAUUCAAACGGAAAUUAAAUGAAGCGAUUACCGACGAACUUAAUAGGAAACUUGCCAAUAAGGUUUAUCUGAACGUUGGUCUUUGCAUUGCGCUUCACGAUAUCAUAAAAAUCGAAGAAUCGUACAUCUUCCCUGGCGACGGUGCGUCGCAUACUAAAGUACUAUUUCGGUUUAUCGUGUUUCGUCCAUUCAUGGAAGAAAUUUUAAUUGGGAAGAUACGUAGCUGUAGCAUCGAUGGUGUUCACGUAACGUUAGGAUUUUUCGAGGAUAUUGUAAUUCCACCUAACAAACUGCAACACCCAUCUAGGUUUGAUCAAAUGGAACAAGCAUGGGUUUGGGAAUACGACACAGGGGAUGGUGAAAAGCACGAUCUAUUUAUGGAUGCAGGAGAAAUUAUACGAUUCAGGGUAGUGAGUGAAACUUUCACAGAAGCAUUACCCACGGGACCAAAUGUAACCGGAGAGUCUGUCGAACAAUCGGAUGCUAAAAAUAUAUCGCCGUAUACCUUAGGGGGUGCCAUUGACGAGCCGGGUCUUGGGUUACUUACGUGGUGGGAAAAUACCUAAAAGUACAAAAAUAAAUUUGGAUCAAUAAAUUUUUUAUUUCACAGCACAUUCCAUCAUGUUAUCACGUUUUA